AUUCCAAACGUCACGUUACAGCUUCCUUAUCCCAAGAGGCGGGGAUCUGGAGUGGGGGUUUUAGACGACACGCCCAAAUGAACUGAAAACCCCUCCUGUCUCAACCCACUUGACCUUCAGUAAGUGUAUAGUAUAUAAUGAAUAUCCUCUGCAAUUGGACUAAUCUUCUCGCACUCGAACCUUCACCCCUUUUGAGUUCUACUUUCACCCUCCGCCAAACUAAACUUAAUCUUUCCUUUCAUUCUGUGCUCGAUAUUAAACCCAGAAUUUCCCUACUGCUAAAACCCCCAUCACCAAAUCUUAACCUGUGCCGAUGGAAGAUCAAUGCCAGCGCCGACGACCAAGCCGCCUCGGCUGCAAUGUCCGAAAUCGACAUGGUCAGAAACAAGGAAGGCGUCUAUGCCCCAAAACAAAAUAAGGUGGUGGUUUUAUGGGAUCUUGACAACAAGCCUCCUCGUGGGCCACCGUACCAGGCGGCGGUGGCUUUGAAGCAGGUGGCGGAGCGGUUCGGUGAUGUAAUAAGCAUGUCCGCCUAUGCGAAUCGCCACGCCUUUGUCCAUCUCCCCAGCUGGGUACGCGAAGAACGCCGCGAAAGGCGAACGAUGGACGUCCUGGAACGGAAGGGACUCUCGAUGCCGUCGGAGCCCUAUGUUUGUGGCGUGUGCGGUCGAAAGUGUCGAACCCAUCUCGAUCUCAAGAAGCAUUUCAAGCAGCUUCACGAGAGAGAGCGUCAGAAGAAGCUGAGCCGCAUGAGGUCGCUCAAAGGCAAGAAACGACAGCGUUUUAAAGAAAGGUUCAUCACCGGGAACCAAAAAUACGUGGACGCAGCUAAGGCUUUGGUCACUCCAAAGGUUGGUUACGGACUGGCUUCUGAGCUGAGGCGAGCUGGGGUUUUUGUGAAGACGGUGGAGGAUAAACCCCAGGCGGCAGAUUGGGCGUUGAAGAGGCAAAUGCAGCAUUCAGUGAGCAGAGGGGUCGACUGGUUGUUCUUGGUUUCGGAUGAUUCAGAUUUCUCAGAUAUGCUGAGGCGGGCGAGAGAGUCAAAUUUGGGGACUGUAGUUGUGGGUGAUCGGGACAGAGCGUUGGGGCGGCAUGCAGAUUUUUGGGUUCCUUGGAUUGAAGUUGAAAGUGGGGAGAUUGCAGCGAAGGAUUUGAUGCCCAAUGGUAAUAAGAGGGGCGAGCCCUUAGACAACGAUGAUGGAUAUUUUUCGGCUACGCAUUUUGAUGAAGAUAUGAGUUACGGGACAAAUUUGGAUAAUGUGGUGAGUGAGCUUGCUGCCAUGAGGUCUGACAUUAAUAGUUUAAGAAUUUCAGCCUUUUCUGAAGGUGAAGAAGAAGAAGUUGAUUAUGAUGAUGACCCUGGUGAUUUAUUUUGGGAUAGUGAGGAUGAGGAAAUUGAGUAAUAUGGGCACUUUUGAUAAGAGAAGCAUCAGUAGUUACAAUGCACAUGUGAUGAGUUUGUGAGUUGUUAUAGCAUUCAAAUGUUAACAACUAUGAAUGGGAUGGAUUAGAAAGGAUUGAACUAUGGAAGUGGAAUUGUGUAGUUCAUAUAAAUGAUGAAAUUGACUGCUUUAGGCAUGUACAGUGUUGGCAGUUUGGACGCUUCAUUGAAUUUACCCGCGCUUAUGACUCGAUUCAUCUGCUUGUUUAUCUGCAUCCGAAGUUUUCAAAUCUGGAUUUUCAUGGACAAUCAAUGCAUUUCGUUUGCAACUUAUCAUUGUGAAGUUUAAUGCGCUUGUUAUUUGUGUGUGCAAAUGGCAAAGGCAACAGCUUUCUGGUGCUGUUUCUGGUGCUUCUCUGUCUCGGCACAGCAGGUUUUUGUCCUUGUGAUUCUCGGCACAGCAGGUAAGCACAUAAUGCAGUUGGGAGGCCGGGCUGUUUACUCGCACCUACAAGGAAUCAAUUCAAGCUAAUGGGUGCGUGAAUAUUUUAGCCAAGGCCGCAGUCUAGAUGUUUCCCUUAUGUUUCUUGAGAGUCCCUUUGCUCGUGUUGAUAAGGAUUAAAAAAAUAAUCCUUAGCCAUAUUGUCUAUAUUUAUAUACAAUUAGUCACUUGUCUGUAUUAUGAUUAUGACCCAUACAAAGUUUCUUCCAAUUCGGGCAGAGAUACGAGUUCUCUACUGCAUGA